GUUUUGCUGUGUAUGUUUAUAAUGUGAUGUGCUUUUUUGGGCAAUAUACGUGUAUAGCAAAAUUGUUGUUUACUUCCAAAGUUCAAAAUUGCAUGCCCUUACCUCGACAAAAUACAUUUUAAAACGAAAUUGAUUCAAAGAUAAAAGCUGAGAAUGUUGUUCUUAAACUCUAUUUAUAGUUAUCGAAUGGACAAAUAAACAAAAAUUUAAAUGAAAUGAAAACGAGUCGUAUCCAAUGUAAAAUUAUCUAAUGUCAGUACAAAGUAGGGGUUUUGAAACAGAAACCGCUUUAAUAUUUUCGGUCUACGCAGGCAAUAAAUGUGAUAAAAAUUUGUUUCAACAAAUUCCACAAAUGCUAUCAACAUCCGAUAGAACAGCUGACCGCUGCUUAAAUUUCUUCCGUAAUUAAAACCUGUUGUAUGUAUACAAGAGCGAUGUUAUUAUAAGAUAAGAGAAAAAACCUCUUCCCAGCCAUUCUUUUCAUGUUAAACCAAAAUAGACGAGAAAAAAAACUCCAAUAAAAUUUGGUCAGUGUAAAUCUAAUCAGCUCGGUUGGUUGGCCACCCAACGAUAAAACAUAAUAAAACUUUAUCAAUGAAAAAACGAAGACGCGAGCAAUAUUUAAUAAUCAUAAAUAAAUGUACUCGACUUAGUCUCGUUCCGAUCACACAAAGGCCAACAUUCGUAUCGCGUCAGUUGUAAAUUAUUCCCGUAAUCGCAACAUUGUUAAUUCUUGUUCUUGUGUUCCAUAUUGUGUGUCAACGAAAAGUUAAUUUCAUUUUGUUAAUCGGAAGAAACAACGAUGACCGAAACAGCAUUAAUUCAGUUUAAAAAUUGCCAUCUAGUUCGCAACCAUCAGAUAGUCACCGAUGACCUGUGGGUACGAAAUGGUAAAAUUGUCGAUCCGGAGAAGGUGUUUUUUGAUGAGAAAAAAACAGCCGACACUGUCAUCGAUUGCCAAAAUGCAAUCAUUGCACCGGGAUUCAUUGACAUACAAAUAAAUGGUGGCUAUGGCAUAGAUUUUGCUCACAACACUACUGACACUGAAACCGGCGUUAGCUUGGUUGCUAAAAAUAUUCUGGCUCAUGGCGUAACAUCAUUCUGUCCGACACUAGUUACGUCGCCGGUUUCCACAUAUCAUCAGGUACUACCGAAUAUACCAAAAAAAGCAGGUGGAAAACAUGGAGCCACGAUUCUAGGGGUUCAUUUAGAAGGACCAUUUAUCAGUUUGGAGAAGAAGGGUGCACAUCCAGCUGAAUGUAUAAAGGACUUGAAUGAGGGAGCCAAAACGGCCAAUGACACAUAUGGACCAUUGGAUAAUGUAGCGAUUAUCACGUUAGCACCCGAAAAAGUUGGAGCUUUGGAUACUAUCGAGGAUUUGUCCAAGAAAGGUAUCACAAUGGCAGUCGGUCACUCGACAGCAAAUCUGUGCGACGGCGAGAAGGCCGUACAAAAAGGUUCCAAUUUGAUCACUCAUUUGUUCAAUGCAAUGCUGCCAUUUCAUCAUCGUGAUCCCGGCCUAGUUGGUCUGUUGACAUCGGAUGCGAUUCCCGAUGGUCGUACCGUAUACUUUGGUAUAAUAUCGGACGGCGUUCACACUCAUCCAGCCGCAUUGCGUAUUGCUUUCCGAGCGCAUCCGGAUGGUUUGAUUCUGGUCACCGAUGCAAUUUCGGCAAUGGGUUUAGAAGAUGGAACCCACUUUAUCGGUCAACUAACGGUCGAUGUACGCAAUAAGAAAGCGUACAUUGCCAACACAAACACAUUGUGUGGAAGCAUUGCCCCGAUGGACGAGUGUGUUCGAAUUUUUCAAAAAUCAACCAACUGUUCACUCGUUUAUGCUCUGGAAGCGGCAUCACUACAUCCAGCCAAGUGUUUGAAUAUCGAGCAAUCGAAAGGAACUUUGAAUUAUGGUGCUGAUGCGGACUUUCUGAUGCUGGGCAGAGAUUUGUCCGUUUGGGCCACAUGGAUAGCAGGUGAAUGUGUUUACGAGAAACAGAGAUAAGGAGUGCUUACGAUGUCCGCGAAUUGAGAAAUACAUUUUUAUAAAGCAAAA